AAGACUAUUCACUCAGGAAAGAGCGCUUCUACUUCUGAGGAUGUGGAAAGUUGUUGUCAUUGUGAUCCUCUGCGUUACACUGGUGUCAGCCUCAUGCCCGAUGGACUGCCAGUGUCCCUCUGAAUCCCCCAUAUGUGCAGCAGGAGUCAGUCUCAUGCUGGACAGCUGUGGAUGCUGUAAAGUUUGUGCUCGGCAGCUCUUUGAAGACUGCAGCAGGACACAACCAUGUGACCACACAAAGGGACUGGAGUGCAACUUUGGAGGUGGAUUUGGUUCUGCUAAGGGCAUCUGUCGAGCUAAAUCAGAUGGAAGAACUUGUGAGUACAACAACAAGAUUUACCAGAACGGGGAAAUUUUCCAUCCAAACUGCAAACACCAGUGCACUUGCAUGGACGGUGCUGUUGGAUGUGUCUCUCUGUGCCCACAUGAGUUGUCACUGCCCAAACUGGGUUGUGCCAAACCCAGGAAGGUCAAGGUCCCGGGACGGUGCUGUGAACAACUCAUCUGCCCCGAGGAAGCAAAGCCAGAGAGUUCUGCGGAGAAGAAACACAGAAAAAAGGACAGCAAAGACAGAGCAUCUGAAGACGACCUCACAAGCAAGAAUGAGUUGGCUCCUGAGUGGAGAGGAGGAUCCGAGUCUUUAGCUGCUUUCAGGAGUCACCCAAUUGGCCACAUGGUUGCCAGAGGAGUCGAGUGUGUGUCUCAGACCACAGCUUGGUCACCCUGCUCCAAAUCCUGUGGCACUGGAGUGUCCUCGAGGGUGACCAACAGCAAUACCCUGUGCAAACUGGUUAAAGAGACUCGGGUCUGUGAAGUCCGCCCAUGCAACCAAAUGGCCUUCGUCGGAUUGAAGAAAGGCCACAAAUGUAACCACAUAGAAAAAGCCAGCCGUCCAGUUAAACUGUCCUACGCAGGCUGCCGUAGCCUUCAAAAGUUCCGACCCACAUACUGUGGGUCUUGCACAGAUGGGCGAUGCUGCAGGCCUCAUCGGACCCAGACGAUACCUGUGCGCUUCAGAUGCAAAAAUGGGGACACCUUCAGCAGGAUGGUGAUGAUGAUCGAGUCUUGCAAGUGUAACUUCAACUGCUCCGGCAGCAACGAAAACACCCCUGCCCUCUACAGACUUUUUAAUGGUAUACACAAAGUGAAAAUGUAAACUUCUCACUUUAAGUGGAAAGAAGAUCCAGACAGACAGAUAAAAAAAAAAUUGCACUGUGAGGUUUCAGACACCUACUAGGAUGAAUUUAGUGAACUGUAUUGUUCAUGAUUUUGCUUCAUAA